AUGUCUGCCCUCCCUGCAAACCUGGGUCUAUCAGACCGCGAAGCCAUCCCGGACGCACUCUACCGUAGCAUCGUCGGCCUAGACUCCAGCGACGAAACCAUAUUCAAGUCAGCCUGGCAUAAAGACGCCGUCUUCGUCUUCGACGGGAUCGCCACCGUCGAAGGCCUCGACGCCAUCCUGCAAAACACUUUCCAGGUUAUCGGCGCCGGACUCGACACGACGCACAUGGUGAGCAAUGUCCGGGUCGACGUCAAGGAAGGGGCGGACACGGCGACAAUGACGUCCCACGCCCUGGCGCAGCAUUAUCGCAAGGGCGACGGCCGGAACCCAACGGCACCUCGCUUCUUGACGGGCAACAUGUACUGGGUUGAUCUGGCCAAGGAUGAGAGCGACGGGGGGAUCUGGAAAAUUAAGAAGCUUGAGAUUAAGGUCAUCUGGAGCGAGGGAGAUGGGGCCAUUGUGGGACUUCAUUAA